UCAAUAUUAUCUUAUUCUGUUGAUACCGGUGGCUGAAGCCUGGAUUUUUCGAGAAAACUUAAAAACUAAUGUCUUAUACAGAAAGUAAUUGAAAAAAUAUAUUAUUUCCUGCCUACAAGUGAGAUCACAAUGCCGCAAGCUCGGCGUAAAACACCAUUCAGCGGGAAGGCUAAGAAACAGCAGUUACAAGAAAAGAAGCAAAACAAGACCUUGCUUAUGACCACAUCAUCGGGCACGAAUUCCUAUGAUGUGGUCUCAGUCAACUACCAACCGAACCGGUCCAGGGGUCGCGGUGAUGCGAACAGAUACGCCCUCAAAUUCUACCGGGAAACGGAUGAAGAACUCAAGCUGAAGAAAGAAGACGCACUAAAAGCUCUCAACACCGUAUCGGAGAAAGAGAUGGAAAUAGAUCCGACUGACUAUUUCCCGAAGGAGUUGUCAUUCCCGAAGCGACCUCCAUGGGACUUCAGCAUGACUCCAGCGGCACUAGACGCGCAGGAGCAGAAAUAUUUCAGAGAGUACAUCCAAGCCCUUCAAGCGUCCCCGUACUGGAACGAAAUGUCCUAUUUCGAAUUGAAUCUGGAGACCUGGAGGCAGCUUUGGCGUGUGCUGGAAAUGUGUGACAUUCUAUUGCUUAUCGUUGAUGUCAGAUUUGCAGGCAUGAUGUUCCCACCGUCCCUCUACGAGUACGUCGUGAACGAGCAGAAGAAGAAUAUGAUACUGGUCUUAAACAAGAUAGAUCUCGUCCCAGCAUCCGUCGUGGCCGCUUGGAAGGACUUCCUAACGAAGAGAUGCCCCGGACUCCGGGUGGUUUACUUCACGUCGUGCCCCGGGUACAACCUGGCCGGGGGUAGCAGCGACAAAGGCGGCCUCCAAGUGAGGAGGCGCAAGGGCCGCCAGCGGAUGUGCGCGGAGGGGGCCACGAAAAUACUUGAAGCGUGUAAAGAUAUAGUCAGCAACGAAGUCGACCUGAACUCCUGGGAUAGAAAGAUUAAAGAGGAAAUGGACCUGGAGUUCGAUGAAGAUGAGGAAACGGAAGUCGGCGAAACGAUUUUGGAAAAAUCCGACACCACGUUCUACACCCACGAGAGAUAUAAGAAUGGUAUUCUGACGAUCGGCUGCGUGGGCCAGCCGAACGUGGGCAAGUCGUCGCUGAUGAACGCGAUCAUGGGGAAGAAGGUCGUCUCCGUCUCCAGGACUCCAGGUCACACGAAGCAUUUCCAGACUAUUUUCUUGACGCCUCAGGUCCGUCUGUGUGAUUGCCCUGGACUUGUGUUUCCGUCGAAAGUGCCUCGGUCCAUACAAAUCCUCAUGGGCUCAUAUCCAAUAGCGCAGCUCCGCGAACCAUAUACAACUAUAAGAUAUUUAGCGGAGCGAUUGGACCUUCCGUCCCUUCUAAGGAUGAGCCACCCGGAGAACGACGACACGUGGUCGCCCAGAGACAUCUGCGACGGAUGGGCCAAGAAACGUAGCUACCUAACCGCGAAGUCUGCUAGAUUGGAUACAUACCGAGCAGCGAAUAAUAUAUUACGGAUGGCGUUAGAUGGAAAAAUAUGCCUGUGGCUCCGACCGCCCAACUUCGCAGAGGAGAGGGAUAAAUACGAGAACUGCGAUGAAGUAAAAUACGUGAAAUGGGUCCAAGCGUUGACCGACGCUGAAGCUGUACCGACUCCAUCGGAUUCUGGCAACGAGAGGUCCGCAUCUGAUGAAGGAAGUGAUGAAACCGAUGAUGACGAUCAAACCGAGAUCGCUAAUAAAUUCGCAGCGCUCGCUAACGAUGAUUAAAUGAUGAACAGAAUUUGUUCUUUAUUAUUGAUGUGUAAACCUAGCGCUUGGUUUUUUUUUUAUAGAAUAGGAAGGCUGACGAGUCUGACGUCUGGGUAGGUACCACCCACUCAUCAGAUAUAUAUAAUUUUUGGGUACGUAUAAAGGUAGGCUGGUAAAAGUGGCCACCAUGGUUCAUAAAAUAUUCCUUACAUUGCUAAUACGCCAACCUUGGGAACUAAGAUAUAUUGCCUGUAGUUACAUUGGCUCACUCACCCUUUAAACCGGAACACAAUACUAAAUAUUGCUGUUUAGCGGUAGAAUAUAAUACAAGUGGGUGGUACCCAGACAGGCUUGUACAAAGCCCUACCGCCAAAACUAAAGAUUUUUUCCAAAACGAACUCAUAGUUCCUGAGAUUAACGCAUUCAAAUAAACACUCUACACUAACUUUUCAGCUAUAUAUAAUAAAUUAGAUUAAAAAUUAUUAUAUUUAAAUAACGUAGCUACAUAUAUAAAACGCAGCUAAACUUAUUAAUAUAUUUUUAAGUAAUAUAUAAACUAGCUAUGGGAGUCAAAAUUUUAAUUUCCAAUGACAACGUUUCUAUGUGUAACGUUUAUUGAAACGUUUCUGACGAAUCUAUUUGUAACGUGUGCUGAGAUGGACUCGUGUGCCGUGACGGCAUGACGUCAUGACGCUCUCUUAUGACGUCACGUGUCUCCGCUUUCUCUUCCCUUGUAUGUGUACGUAUACUAUAUACUUCGUUGCUAUGUAUUAUUAUAUUAAUAAGAAAAUUUAUUUAUUUUAUUGA